AUGGCCUCAAUUACAACAGAGGGUAACUAUGAUCGUAUAAUAGAAGUAAAACAAUUUGAUGAAUCAAAAAUCGGUGUAAAAGGAUUAGUAGAUUCGGGUGUUAAAACUAUCCCACGCUUCUUCCAUCAACCACCAGAGAAUCUCCCUGGUCCAAAUCUUAAGGACCGACCCUUGAUGACCAUACCAGUCAUCGACUUGUCUAGAGAAAGGUCAACUGUCGUUGAAGAAGUAAAGCGAUACUCUUCCUCACUCGGGUUUUUUCAGGUCAUUAAUCACAGUGUUCCAUUACCAGUUAUUGAUAAUGUGGUUAAUGAUAUGAAGAAGUUUUAUGAGCAACCUAUGGAGUAUAAAAUGCAAUAUUACCAUAGAGAUGCACAGAAGAAAGGAGCAGCAUAUUAUACCAAUUUUGAUUUGUAUCAGUCUCAAGGUGCGAGCUGGAGGGACACAUUUCAGGUGAGAUUGUCACCCACAGAGCCAGAAUGGGAUGCAGUUCCUGGGAUGUGUAAGGCACCACUGCUGGAUUGGGACAAGGCAGUUGUGGGAUUAGCAAAACAGCUGAUGUCAAUUUUAUCUGAAGGUUUAGGAUUAAAGAGUGACAAGUUGAAUGAGAUGUUGUGUUACGAGCACAGGUUAUGUGCAUCCCAUUAUUAUCCCCCGUGUCCGGAGCCAGAGCUCACAAUAGGUAUAGGUUCACACACAGACCCAUGUGUGAUAACAUUGCUGGUGCAGAAUGAGAUUGGCAAUUUAUUGCAAGUCAAGUGCGGUGAAGAUUGGGCUUAUGUUGAGGCAGUUCCUGGUGCCAUUGUCAUCAACAUAGGUGACCUGCUUCAGGUAUUAUCUAAUGAUGAAUACAAAAGUGUGGAGCAUAGAGUAUUGGCAAACCCUACUGAUGGUGCACGUGUUUCUGUUGCUACUUUUUUCAAUCCAACCAACGUACAGAUGAUACUAGGACCAUUCCCGGAGCUAAUAUCUGCGGAGACACCGGCAGCUUUCAAGGAAUUUUUGUUUGCAGACUACCUCGGAAGGUUUUACACAAGGGAGCUUGAUGGAAAGACAUUAGUCAAUUUCUACAGAGCUGAUAACACGAAAACUUGA